AUGCCUUUUCAGAACAUAAAGAACAAGAUGUUUGAUAAGAAGACUAGUACUACAGUAUCAGUGCAUGAAGAAGAAGCUCUAGAAAGCGGAAACUCCUCUAUUAACAACAGUGGUGUCCAGCAACUCUCUUACGAUGGAACCGAUUAUAAGCCAAGUGAAGCUCCGGAAGUGGACGAGGAUGAUAUCAACAAUGUUCAUCGUGGUAUGAAAUCAAGACACAUCUUACUGAUUGGUAUCGGAGGGUGUAUUGGUACCGGUCUUUUCGUUGGUACUGGUGCCAACUUGGCUAAAACUGGUCCAGCUCCACUUCUGAUGUCUUAUUUGCUGAUGUCCUUUGCUAUUUGGUCUGUCAUGAACAACCUGAGUGAAAUGGCCACCUAUCUUCCACUCAAAGGUGUUUCCAUCUCUGGUUUUGUCUCACGUUAUGCUGACGAUUCCCUUGGAUUCGCUUGUGGUUAUAACUUGUUUUACACUUUUGCUAUCAUGGUUGCCACUGAAGUGACGGCUGUUGGUCUGAUCAUUGAGUAUUGGAAUGACGAUAUUCAUAUUGCCAUCUUUAUGACCGUUUUCCUCGCAGCCAUUGUCAUUUUGAAUUUCCUCCCCAACAAAUAUUUUGGAGAAAUGGAGUUCUGGUUCGCCUUGAUCAAAGUUUUGUGUAUUUUGGGUUUGAUUGUUACCGGUAUUGUCAUCUUCUUUGGAGGUGCUCCCUCUCGUGACAGAAUUGGGUUUAGAUACUGGAAAAACCCUGGUGCUUUUGCUGAAAGAAUCACCCCAGGUGCUGGUGGAAGAUUCUUAGACGUUUGGACUGCCCUUAUUUUGUCUGGUUUCUCCUUUAUCUUGGGUCCUGAACUGAUUAUCACUGCUGCUGCCGAAGCCAAGAGACCUCGUUACAAUAUCCCCAAGGUUGCAAACUCUUUCAUCUGGCGUAUUAUGUUCUUCUACAUUGCAGGUUCCUUAGUCGUUGGGUGCACAGUUCCUUACAACCAUCCAAGGCUACUGAGUGGAGGCUCCAAUGCUAGUGCAAGUCCUUACGUUAUUGCUAUUCAAAGUGCUGGUAUCAAGGUACUUCCUGACAUAAUCAACGCCUGUAUUUUGACCUCUGCUUGGUCUGCUGGUAAUGCUUACAUGUUCAGUGGUUCCAGAAUGUUGCUUCAGUUGGCCAAGGUUGGACAGGCUCCACAGAUCUUUAACAGAGUCAACAAAUACGGUGUCCCAUGGACGUGUAUGAUCUUGGUUUCUGCUAUUAGCUGUCUCGCUUACUUGAACGUCUCUGCUGGUUCUGCUAAGGUCUUUACUUGGUUAUCAAAUCUGUGUACCAUCUCCGGUUUCAUCUCCUGGUUGUGUUCAUCCGUUGCUUUCCUCAGAUGGAGAAAAGCUAUGAUCCUUCAAGGACGUUGGGACUCAAGACCUUAUAAAACCGCUCUUCAACCAUAUGCUACUUAUUAUGCAUUGUUUUUGUUAGGAAUGGUUGUUUUAACGAACGGUUAUGAUGUGUUCAUCAAGGGUCGUUGGGACACGGCCACAUUUAUUGCUGCUUAUGUUACUAUCCCACCAUUCGUGAUUUUAUGGUUAGGCCACAAGUUCUUUUUCAAUAAGCAUAAGAGGCUUCUUCGUCCGGUCAGUGAGAUUGAUCUAGUAACUGGUUUACAAGCAGUUGAAGCCGAAGCUGAGAAGGACUUCUUUGAGAUUGAGCAAGAGAGAGCUACUUCUACGGCAUUCAACAACCCGUUCCUUAGGGCUUUCCACUACAUCCUUUAUUAA